AUGCCCUCGACGCUCCUACACCUCAGCGACGAUGUCAUCCGACAUAUUGCUUACUAUGUCCUUCUCGACAAUGAGAUUCCUAUACCAAGCUUCAACCCUCAUUGGGCCAACUUCAAAGAUGAGAUCGACCCAGCCAAUCAAAAGGACUAUAUCUCUCUCAGAUCAUGUUGUAAACGGAUCCGAGAGCUCUGCCCGCUGGUAGGGUUGCACGUCGUCAUGAAGUCUUGGAUGAAAUUACUGAAAUGGUCGGUGGAAGCUCCGUUAGCUGUGAGGAAAGCAGUGAGAAGAAUUAUCAUCGAUAUCGAUCGGCUGGAGCUACCCAACCAGAAAGACCUCGCCAACUACAGCAUCGUAGUUAUUUGGUAUACUCUUACGUCAUUCCUUUGCUCUCUUGCUAAUCUCGAAGAGCUCGUCAUCAGAAAGACUCCCUUAUGUCAACACAGCCCUGCUAGCCUCAAACCAUCAGCGAUUUAUGGACUUGAUUACAUCAAUUUUCUUUCAAAAGUCAAAUCAAUAGCAAUUGAGACUCACUGCCGUCUUUGCUGUGAUCAAAUACCAAAAUUGCUCGUAUCCGCCAUUAACCAUUUAGAACACCUCAAGAUAUCACCUUCGGAGUCGCGUCAGAAGCUUUAUGGUACAGAAAAGGCUCGAUUGAUCAAGACUGAUAACAAUUUCUACAAAAAUAUCCAUACUUUACACCUGAAGACAUUCGUUCUGCUGGAUAAACUCGAAGUGCUAGACCAGAUCUCGAAAAACUGUCCAUCAAUCCGCAAUUUGUAUCUCACAGCAUAUGAUCCUGAUGAUCAUUACCUCGUCGGUUCAUGCACCCUCUUUUGUCAUCAAUCUCUUAGCGCAGGUGAAUGGUCAUUCAAAAUGAACGCGGAAAACUAUUUGGAUCAUUUUGAGCAGGCCGAUCCUGUCAAUGAAUGGGGAAGUGAUCAAACUUUCGACAGAUUCCUAGAAGUCCUAUCUAGAUCUGAAUACCUUGAAGAACUCGACUGCCUUAUUGAUUUUAAGCUGAAAAGGAGAUCACUGGAGCCGCUCUACCCUUCUGAUUCCAAGAAAUCUGAAUACGACCAAUACAAAAACUCACUUCUCUCGUCGAAAUCGAAGUCAGCCGACGAGGGUGACGGUGAUGAGAAGAGUAAAUCAGCAAUGAUCGCUGCCGCCAAGCUCUUUGCGGCAACUGUACCCACAUUGCGUAUAGGAUAUUUCUGGGCAUACAACCCUCAACAUCCCCUAUUUGAAAAGGGAUUUUGGCGAAGAUGGACAUGGACCUGUAACAGAAGUGAGAACGAGGUGACCAUAGAGUUGAAUGACUUGCCAGAAGAGUUCAAGGAUUCCUGGAUGAACAAUGAUACUGGUUCUAGAAAUUGGGACUAUGUGGCACCACAAGGAGAAGACGAGGAUGAUUGA